CUCAGGGUGACGUGUUAUUUAAGAAGCAUUCGUUAGUAGAAGGUAGAGUGGCAGCUUCAUAAGGAAGAAAAACCGUUAAUAUAUAAAAAGUAUAUCAAAAUUGAAUCAUGACAGCAGAUUGGGAAGAAGUAAGACGCCUGGCUGCAUACUUCCAGAGAGCACAGUUUGCGGAAUCUGUGCAGAGGUUGUCUGAGCGAAACUGCAUAGAAAUUGUGGCCAAGUUGAUUGCAUGUAAAAAGCUGGAUGUGGUGCAUACUUUGGAUGGCAAGGAAUACAUUACUCCAGCUCAGAUCAAGCAGGAAAUUCUGUAUGAGCUUAGCGCUCAUAGAGGGCGAGUGAAUACAGUGGAACUUCAACAGAUUCUCAAUGUUGAUUUGAUUCAUAUUGAAAAUAGAGUCCGUGACAUUGUGAGGACAGACAAAAAUAUUCAGUUGAUUUUGGGACAGCUUAUUGAUGAGAACUAUCUAAACCAGCUUGCAGAAGAAGUGAAUGACAAACUUCAAGAAGCAGGACAGGUGUCUAUUCCAGAACUCUGCAAAUCUUAUGACCUUCCUAGAGACUUCUUAACAGAGGUACUAUGCAAACAUACUGGCAAAAUUAUACAUGGGAAAAUGGAUGAAUAUGACAAAAGGAUGAUCUUCACACAGGCAUUUGUUUCCAGACACAGAUCAAAGAUUUGUGGACUUUUCAGUGCAAUUACGAGACCUACUCCAGUGAGCAGUUUAAUUUCCCAAUAUGAAGUGCCAGAACAUCUUUUAUAUUCGGAAUUGGAUGACUUGAUGAGUACUGGGCGGCUAAAGGGUACUAUAGUUGGUGGACGACAGAACAAGGCUGUUUACAUUCCUGAUAUAUACUCUAAAACACAGAACAACUGGGUGGACUCAUUUUUGAAGCAAAAUAGUUAUUUAGAGUUUGAAGCUUUGACAAGAUUAGGAAUUCCAGAUUCUGUGAAUUACAUCAGGAAGCGGUACAAAUCAAGAAAACUUUUAUUUCUGAAAGCAGCUUGUCUUGAUCAAGUCAUUGUAGAUCAAGUAGAAGCCUCAGUGGAGGAAGCAGUAAGUUCUGGAACAUGGGCAGACGUUCAGUCAUUGUUGCCUAGCUGCCUGUCUACAGAAGAUAUUGGGAUCUUGCUGAAUCAUGUUAUGAGAACCACUAACUUGCUGUCCUCUGCAAGAAUAUUUAAGGAAACAAUUAUAGUCAGUGAAAAACUCAUUAGUGGAUGUAUUUCUUUGUUUGAGGAGUAUAUGCAUAGGAAAGCUGAAAAGGAAAUUAAAAGCAAUCCAGUGUUUUUGUUUAGCGAAGAGGAUCUAAAGAAUUCAGCAAUAGUGGCUGAACAUACUGCAUCUUCUAAAAAAGAUAAAAAAGAAGAACGGCGAAAGAAAGCUGCAGAAGGUGGUGGAAGUGUAAAAAGUGGUGGAGGAGGAAACUCCAGAGAAAUCAGAAUCCGUAAACCUAAAAAGAAAGGAAAAAAGGAUGAAGACAGUGAUGAUGAGUCAUCCGUGGCAGUGAAGAGUCACAGUAAACAGCAAGAAACACACUUCAUGUCUCAAGAAGAAAUUGAAGAUGUCUUACAGAAGGAAUUUCAGGACUGUCCAGAAGAAAUAAUCUCAGAUCUUGCAGAAGAGCUGAUAAGACCCUUAAACAGAAAGUAUCAGGAAGUCCUACAGUCUGUAUUUGCAUCUUCAGCCAGUUCUUCCUCUGGAUCAAGUAGGAAACAAACAGUUAAGGAUCUUCAGGAGGAAAUUAAUAUUCUGUACAAUAACAUCAGGCUGUUUGAAAGGGGAAAAAAGCUGUUUCCAGAGGACUCUCAGAUCAGUAUUGCGAAAUAUGUCCUGAAGACAGUUUGCACAGAUGCUGCCAAUCUUCUCUUUAAUGUCCUGGCAACAGAUCUGAUGAUGGCUGUUGAAAGUGCUAGUUGUCUAACUCCUGAGAUGCGAUUAAAAAUAUUAGGAAAAUUGCCAGAAGAAACUAAGCAAUCCAUGACAAAACUUAACAAUUCUCUAAAUGGAAAGUGUUUUGAAGAAUUUCUUCUCAAUCUGGAAUUAGUGACUGAAAUUUGUGGAAUAAUGUUGAAAAAGGGAGACAAAAAGAAGGAAAGACAAGCUCUAUUUCAACAUCGUCAAGCUCUAAUGGAGCAGCUAAAAGUGACUGAAGACCCUGCUUUUGUACUUCAUCUGACAAGUGUUCUGAUGUUUCAGUUUUAUACAAACUGCAUGCUUCAUGCACCAGGACGUUGUGUGCCACAAAUUAUUUCAACUCUUAGUGGUAUGAUUCCAGAGGAUCAACAUAAACUUCUGUCUAAAUAUCAGAGUCUGGUAGUGAAGCAACUGAUUGAUCAAAAUCGCAAGUCGGGACAGACAGAAGAUGACACUACACAGAAUCAAGCUGAGGAAAAUAUGGCUGAAGAAAUUCGCAAAGAACUCAUGUCUUUAACCCCAGUAAUCAAAGACCUUGUCUUAAAAACAGGGAAAACGUCUUUAACUGAAGAAUGAAAUUUUUUCAUUGUUUUAAUAAAUGCUUCAUUCAGCAUGAACUCUUU